UCUCCCCCGGUCUCUCCCUCCCCUUCCUCCGGGGCCUGCCCCUACCUGCGUUCCCUGCGUCGAGGGGCGGCAGCGCGCCGCUCCUUACUCCUCCGAGUUUCCGCCGACAGAGGCUCCGCUGCAGACUCUUCACAUGGACGUGUGGGGCCCAGCCCGCGUCCGUGGCCAGGGUCAGGAGCGUUACUUCCUACUGGUGGUUGACGACUACUCGCGUUACACCACGGUCUUCCCCUUGCACAGCAAGGGUGAGGUCACUGAGGUGUUGAUCGACUGGAUCCGCGCUGCUCGUCUCCAGCUCAGGCAGAGUUUCCGCUCUGACUUUCCUGUUCUGCGUCUGCACUCCGACAGAGGUGGAGAGUUUUCCUCCGACCUUCUGCGAGCCUUCUGUUGUGCUAGGGGCAUCCGCCAGACGUUCACGCUUCCGGCCUCUCCACAGCAAAAUGGGAUUGUUGAGCGACGCAUUGGCAUGGUCAUGGACGUCGCUCGUACGUCCAUGAUCCAUGCGGCUGCUCCCCAUUUUCUGUGGUCGUUUGCGGUCCGGUACGCCGCGCAUCAGCUCAACCUUCAGCCCAGGGUCUCCAUGCCGGAGACCUCCCCCACUCUGCGGUGGACGGGGAAGGUUGGCGAUGCGUCUGCGUUCCGUGUCUGGGGAUCUCGAGCUUUUAUCCGCGACUUGUCUGCGGACAAGUUGUCCUCCCGUGCUGUUCCCUGCGUCUUCCUUGGCUUCCCCCCUGACGCGCCUGGUUGGCAGUUUUACCACCCCACCUCGCGCCGUGUUCUGUCCUCCCAGGACGUCACGUUUGACGAGUCGGUUCCGUACUACCGUCUCUUCCCCUACCGCGCUGCCCCCCUCCCCCCCCCGCCGCUCUUCCUCGCUCCAGGUCCCCUCCCUGUAGACCCCCUCCCCCCUCAGGGUCCUGCCCCCUCAGGUGUGUCCCAGGUAGACGCAGUCGAGCCUGUCGAGGUAGCUGUCGAAUCUGGUGCUGCUAGGAGUGCUGAGCCUGCGGGUGCCGGGUCUGGGGGUGCGGAGCCUGAGCGUGAGGUGCCUGGGGGUGCGGAGCCUGGGCGUGCGGAGCCUGGAGGUGCUGAGUCUGGGGGUGCGGAGUCUGGGGGUGCUGAGCCUGCGCGUGAGGAGACUGGAGGUCCUGCGCCUGUGUGUGCGGAGUCUGGGGGUGCUGAGUCUGGAGGUGAGACGCCUGAGGGUACUGGGACUGCUGGUGCGCAAUCUCCUUGGAGUAGCCGCCUUCGUCCGCGUGUGCCUCUCACCUCACAGCAGCUGCACGACUGGUACGGUCGCCGUCAGGGUCGCGCUGCUGGAGCUCGGGGCUCUGCUGCUGGAGGUACUUCUGCUGACGUCCCUGGAGCUAGGAGUGGUGCUGGUACUUUGUCUACUGGAGGUGCUGGAGUCGCUGGUCCCGGAGGUGCUCGUACUGGAGGUACUGGAGCUGCUGGGGCUGGGGGUGCUGCGUCUAGGGGUACCGCUGCUGGAGGCACUGAGGCUGGAGACCCUGGGACUGGAGGUACUGCGUCUGGGGGUGCCGCUGCUGGAGACACUGAGGCUGGAGACCCUGGGACUGGAGGUGCUGGUUCUGGGGGUGCUGCUGCUGGAGACACUAAGGCUGGAGACCCUGGGACUGGAGGUGCCGGUUCUGGGGCUGGAGCUUCUGGAGCUGCUGGAGGUGCUGGAGCUGCUGGGGCUGACAGGUAG